UGCAGUGUGUAAGAAGAAAAGUACAGCUUCCGGAGAGUCACAACUAACAACUAAUAAGUUGUAUGAGAGCGUGAGUCACGCGCUAAGUCGUCGUAGGAAGUGCAGUGGUGGAGGAAAACGCGUGUAAGAGAAGAAGAACAAGAAGAACAAGAGUAGAAGAUAAAAAUCAACGACGCGCGGUGAGGCGAAUGCAGAUUUCAGACUCAGAGAGCGAGUGAACUAAGAAAGCGAGUGGACCUUGACCCUCCCCAGUUUGUCUUCGAUCCCAUCCACAAUUGUUUUUUUUCCCCAAUUCCCAAACCCUAUCUUCACCCGCCACUUCAAGGAGAUAUUCAGAACAGAGUGCAUGAUAGUUCAGUUUCAGUGAGUGAAAUAUGGUUGAUGCUUUGAAUGAAGUGCAACGCAGCGGCAAUGCAUUUGUUGUUCCUGCUAAGAGGGAUGCUGUAUUGUUUGAAGGAGACAAAGAUUUAGAGCCACACAAUGGGAUUGAAUUCGAAUCUCAUGAAGCAGCAUAUUCAUUUUAUCAGGAAUAUGCCAAAUCAAUGGGAUUCACAACUUCGAUCAAGAAUAGCAGACGCUCAAAGAAAACAAAAGAAUUUAUUGAUGCCAAAUUUGCGUGCUCUCGGUAUGGCGUUACACCUGAGUCUGACAGCGGGAGCAGUCGAAGACCCAGUGUAAAGAAGACAGAUUGCAAAGCCUGCAUGCAUGUGAAAAGAAGGUCAGAAGGGAAGUGGAUCAUUCAUGAAUUUAUAAAGGAACACAACCAUGAACUCUUACCGGCUUUGGCAUAUCAUUUUCGUAUUCAUAGGAAUGUCAAGUUAGCUGAAAAGAAUAAUAUUGAUAUUUUGCAUGCUGUUAGUGAACGAACCAGAAAAAUGUAUGUUGAGAUGUCUAGGCAGUCUGGUGGGUGUCGAAAUACUGGAUCCCUCUUGGGGGACGCAAAUGAUCAGUUUGACAGAGGCCGACAGUUGGCUUUGGAUGAGGGAGAUGCCCAUUUCAUACUGGAGUAUUUUAAGCGCAUCCAAAAGGAGAACCCCUAUUUCUUCUAUGCUAUCGAUUUAAAUGAAGAGCAACGUUUAAGGAAUCUAUUCUGGGUUGAUGCAAAAAGUAGGAACGAUUAUCUUAGCUUUAAUGAUGCAGUCUCAUUUGAUACCACUUACAUCAAAAGCAAUGAUAAGUUACCAUUUGCUCCUUUCAUUGGGGUGAAUCAUCACUCUCAACCUAUAUUGCUUGGGUGUGCUUUGCUUGCAGAUGAGACCAAGCCAACAUUUGUCUGGUUAAUGAAGACAUGGCUUAGAGCGAUGGGAGGGCAAGCUCCCAAAAUUAUAAUUACCGAUCAAGACAAAGCCUUGAAGACAGCAAUUGAAGAAGUCUUCCCAAAUGCGAGACAUUGCUUUGCUCUUUGGCACAUACUUGAAAGGAUACCUGAAAAUCUAUCUUCUGUGAUCAAGCAGUAUAAGAACUUCUUGCGAAAGUUAAACAAGUGCAUUUUUAAGUCAUGGACUGAUGAAGAGUUUGACAUGAGAUGGUGGAAAAUGGUCACUAGAUUUGAACUUCAAGAUGAUCUAUGGUGUCAAUCACUGUAUGAAGAUCGGAAAAAGUGGGUGCCAACUUAUAUGGGGGAUACUUUUUUAGCUGGAAUGUCUACACCUCAGCGUUCUGAAAGUAUGAACUCUUUCUUUGACAAAUACAUACACAAGAAAAUCACCCUUAAAGAGUUUGUGAAACAAUAUGGGUUAAUCCUUCAGAAUAGGUAUGAAGAGGAGGCAAUUGCAGAUUUUGAUACAUUGCACAAGCAGCCAGCACUCAGAUCUCCUUCACCUUGGGAAAAACAAAUGUCAACGGUUUAUACACAUGCUAUAUUUAAGAAAUUCCAAGUUGAAGUUUUGGGUGUAGCUGGCUGUCAAUCUAGAACAGAGCCUGGUGAUGGAUCAAUUACAAAGUUUAUAGUUCAAGAUUAUGAGAAAGAUGAAGAGUUUUUGGUUACAUGGAAUGAGUUGAGCUCAGAUGUCUCUUGUUUCUGUCGAUUGUUUGAAUAUAAAGGUAUCCUUUGCAGGCAUGCGUUAAGUGUUCUCCAACGUUGUGGUUGUUCAAGUGUUCCACCUCAUUAUGUUAUGAAAAGAUGGACGAAAGAUGCCAAAAGUAGGGAACCCAUGGCAGAUAGGACUCAGAAAGUACAAACAAGGGUGCAGCGUUAUAAUGAUUUGUGUAAACGUGCUAUUGAUUUGAGUGAAGAAGGAUCACUGUCUGAAGAGAGCUAUAGUGUUGUUUUCCGUACACUUGUUGAUACCCUGAAGAACUGUGUAUAUGUAAAUAAUUCUAACAACAAUGGUGCAGAAACUAGCAACAAUUCUUUUUCCGUUCAUGAAGCAGAAGAAAAUCAGGGUACCCUUCAAUUGAAAGCAAGUAAGAAGAGGGGCACUGCUAGGAAAAGAAAGGUGCAGUCAGACCAGGAAGUUAUGCUUGUUGACACACAAGAUAGCCUGCAGCAAAUGGAUAAUCUAAGCUCAGACACAAUAACACUCAAUGGAUACUAUGGUACCCAGCAGAGCAUGCAAGGACUGGUACGGUUGAACUUAAUGGAGCCGCCUCAUGAUGGUUACUAUGUCAAUCAACAGAAUAUGCAAGGCUUGGGUCCCUUGAAUUCUAUGGCUCCUAGCCAUGAUGGGUUUUUUGGAGCUCAGCAAAGCAUUCAUGGGCUGGGAGGGCAACUGGAAUUCCGCCCUGCUACUUCUUUCGGAUAUAGCCUUCAGGAUGAGCCUGAUCCUCUGUUCCAUGGCAGUAGUUCUAGAAAUACUUAGAAGACUCUCUAUGAAUGUCAUGUUUCUUUCUGCGCUGUUUAUUUUCGGCAGCCACAAUAAUUGGGAAAGAAUUCUUCUCCGCUUAUCAAACUAAAGAGAAUGUGGAGAAUCAGUGGUAGUAUGCUGGAGAUCAAGAAAUUCAGUUUUGCACAAGCAAGAUGCAGAAAUUGUCAGGUCCUGUAACUGGAACAGAUACAAGGACGUGAAUUUUCAUGGUGGAUACACAAUUGGAUCCCUUGGAGCAAUUUACACAUCAAGUAUGUGAUCUGCAGUGAAAUUAAUAUAUGGAGACUGACCAGAUUUUGGGCUAAAAAUCAAAUGCCAUCCGCAGCUCUUCUCUCAAGAUUGUGUUAGUUGUCGUAAUAAUAGUUUAUGUACAGUGGUUGAAAUAUUAGCAUUAAAGGUUCUCUGUAUACCCAAAAAACAAACAAGAAAAAGAUGUUUUGAAAGUUCCAACGUGUUGUAUAGUCAAACUUUUAUUGAGAACAAAACUGGUUUGCACCCAGAUGAAAAGCAUGAAUACAGAUUGUGCCACAAAAGGGACAAACUUUUUCGUUAAACAUAA